AUGGCACUGGAAGCAAGACUUUCACAGAAAAGCACUCAGAAUAACAAUCAGGUUGUUGGUGAUAAUUGGUGUUUCCAGUGUUGCUUAGCUAAAUACCUUAACCAGUAUGCCAACCUCGGUGGAGUACUUAUGCUGAGUACUUAUGGGUUUGCUAAGAGUAAACUUUACAGCUGUUACAGGAAUCUUGCUACAGAACAUGAAGCUUUGAAGCAGAAAUACCUCCACUUGCUUCAGAUAGUAGAAACAGAAAAAACAGUUGCCAAACAGCUCAGGCAGCAGAUAGAAGAUGGUGAGAUUGAAAUUGAGCGUUUAAAAUCAGAGAUUGCUAGCUUGCUCAAAGACAAUGAGCGCAUUCAGUCCAAUCAGACUACCACACCAAAUGAAGAUGAUGUAGAUAUUAAGAAAAUUAAAAAGGUACAGAGUUUCUUGAGGGGCUGGCUGUGCAGAAGAAAAUGGAAGACAAUCAUUCAGGACUAUAUCAGGUCCCCUCAUGCAGACAGCAUGAGAAAAAGGAACCAAGUUGUAUUUAGCAUGUUGGAGGCUGAAGCAGAGUAUGUACAGCAACUGCACAUCCUUGUAAAUAACUUCCUACGACCACUUAGAAUGGCCGCCAGUUCCAAGAAACCACCAAUUACACAUGAUGAUGUUAGCAGCAUAUUCUUAAAUAGUGAAACAAUUAUGUUUUUGCACCAAAUAUUUUACCAAGGAUUAAAAGCAAGAAUAUCAAGUUGGCCUACAUUAGUACUAGCUGACCUUUUUGAUAUCCUUUUGCCAAUGUUAAACAUCUAUCAGGAGUUUGUGAGAAACCAUCAAUAUAGCUUACAGAUUCUUGCUCACUGUAAGCAAAAUCGAGAUUUCGACAAGUUGUUGAAACACUAUGAGGCAAAACCUGAUUGUGAGGAAAGAACUCUGGAAACAUUUCUUACUUACCCAAUGUUUCAGAUCCCCAGGUACAUACUGACCCUGCAUGAGCUGCUGGCACAUACGCCUCAUGAACACGUGGAACGCAACAGCCUAGACUAUGCAAAAUCAAAACUAGAGGAACUUUCCAGGAUAAUGCAUGAUGAAGUGAGUGAAACAGAAAAUAUUCGAAAGAACUUAGCAAUAGAACGGAUGAUCGUAGAGGGCUGUGAAAUUUUACUGGAUACUAGUCAAACCUUUGUAAGACAAGGUUCACUGAUCCAGGUACCGAUGAGCGAAAAGGGAAAAAUCACACGAGGGAGACUGGGAUCAUUGUCCUUGAAAAAAGAAGGAGAAAGGCAAUGCUUUCUAUUCUCUAAACACCUAAUUAUCUGCACAAGAGGUUCAGGAGGAAAGCUGCAUUUAACAAAGAAUGGGGUGAUCUCACUUAUUGACUGCACAUUGGUGGAGGAUCCAGAAGGCACAGAUGAUGAAGGGAAAACAGCAGGACAAGAUAUGGAGCAUCUUGAUUUCAAAAUCGUUGUGGAACCAAAGGAUUCUCCCUCGUUUACUACCAUCCUUGUAGCAUCAUCCAGGCAAGAGAAGUCAGCUUGGACAAGUGAUAUCAGUCAGUGCAUAGAUAAUAUCCGAUGCAAUGGUCUCAUGAUGAAUGCAUUUGAAGAGAACUCCAAAGUGACAGUUCCUCAGAUGAUCAAAUCCGAUGCUAGUCUGUAUUGUGAUGAUGUCGAUAUCCGGUUUAGCAAAACCAUGAACUCCUGUAAAGUCCUACAGAUUCGCUAUGCAAGUGUAGAACGUUUGCUGGAAAGGCUAACCGAUCUGAGGUUUUUAAGUAUAGAUUUUCUCAACACAUUUCUUCAUUCAUACCGUGUAUUCACUACAGCAGAAGUUGUUCUGGACAAAUUGAUUACUAUUUACAAGAGACCAAUUAGUGCAAUACCUGCCAGAUCACUGGAGUUGUUAUUUGCGAGCAACCAAAACAACAAACUUCUUUAUGGGGAACCACCAAAAUCUCCAAGAGCAAGUAGAAAAUUUUCUUCACCACCUCCUCUAUCAAUCUCAAAAUCUUCAUCUCCUAUCCGGAGAAGGAAGCUCUCCUUAAAUAUCCCAAUCAUUACUGGAGGAAAAGCUUUGGACCUAGCUGCACUGAGUUGCUCUUCAAAUGGCUAUGCAAGCAUGUAUUCUUCCAUGGCACCCUUCAGUAAGACUACACUGGAUAUUAAUAAGCUUUAUGUGUCUGGUAACUACUCCAAUAAAUCAUCAGAUGAAACUGACAUUCCAGCAGACCGACAAGAAGAAUUGCCUCACAGCAAAUCAACUACUGAUUUAUCAAUGAGAGAAGGGUCUGACAAUGAACAGAGUGAUGACACAGAAGCUGAGGCCUCCCCAACGAAAUCACCAACAACUCCUAAAAGCCUGAAAUGUAAAAACUCUUCAGAGUUCUCCUUAUUUUCAUAUAACAAUGGAGUGGUUAUGACAUCUUGUCGGGAGCUUGAAAGCAAUCGCAGUGCACUUUCAGCUGCCUCUGCAUUCGCCAUUGCAACAGCAGGAGCCAAUGAAGGCACACCAACCAAGGAAAAAUACAGGCGGAUGUCAUUAGCAAGUGCAGGUUUUCCAUCUGAGCAAAGAAAUGGUGAUAAAGAAUUUGUGAUCAGAAGAGCAGCGACUAACAGAGUUCUAAAUGUUCUAAGACACUGGGUCUCCAAACAUUCCCAGGAUUUUGAAACCAACAGCGACUUGAAAUGUAAAGUCAUUAGUUUUCUGGAAGAAGUGAUUCACGACCCAGAACUUCUUACACAAGAAAGAAAAGCAGCAGCCAACAUUAUCAGGACACUGACUCAGGAGGACCCAGGUGACAAUCAGAUCACACUAGAAGAGAUCUUUCAGAUGGCUGAAGGAGGAAAAGCUGAACCAUUUGACAAUCUUUCUGCACUGGAAGUAGCGGAACAGCUGACCCUGCUUGAUUAUCUUAUUUUCAAAAGAAUUCCAUAUGAAGAGUUUUUUGGACAAGGGUGGAUGAAGCCUGAUAAGAAAGAAAAAACGCCUUACAUCAUGGCGAUCACCAAACACUUCAAUGAUAUGAGCAACUUGAUUGCUUCUGAGAUCGUCAGAAAUGAAGACAUAAAUGUAAGAUGCAGCUGUAUUGAAAAAUGGGUAGCAGUGGCAGAUAUCUGCAGGUGUCUACACAACUACAAUGCCGUUUUGGAGAUUACAUCAUCUUUGAAUCGCAGUGCCAUAUUCAGACUUAAGAAAACAUGGCUGAAAGUUUCAAAGCAGACAAGAGCUUUAAUUGACAAGCUACAAAAAUUGGUAUCAUCAGAAGGCAGAUUUAAAAACCUUCGAGAAGCUUUAAAAAAUUGUGAUCCUCCUUGUGUUCCGUAUCUGGGAAUGUAUCUAACCGACCUGGCAUUUAUUGAAGAGGGAACCCCAAACUAUACAGAGGAUGGCCUGGUUAACUUUUCCAAAAUGAGAAUGAUUUCCCAUAUAAUCAGAGAAAUACGUCAGUUCCAGCAAACAGCAUACAAAAUAGACCAUCAGGCUAAGGUUACUCAGUAUUUACUGGACAAGUCAUUUGUCUUGGAUGAAGAAAGCCUUUAUGAGGCAUCACUACAACUAGAACCAAAAAUUCCAACUUGAAUUGGACCCAUUGUACGUCUUUAAAAUGUAUACAUACUAUAUCAUAUUGUACAUAAUUUAUGUUUCUUUUAGAUGCCCUAGUAAAUUAAUCUCUUAGUUUGUGCUUUUAACAGAGAAAUAUAUCCUUGCCUUGGUAUUAGAAAAUCAGAAGUUCAACACAACACUCUAUGUAUAGUUUAAUUUUCUAUUGUAUACAUAAAAUAUAUAUAAAUGCACAAUCACUGUUCAUUUACAGCUAUCUCUAGUUAUUCAAACAGUGGCUUUAUUUCAUUUUGCAAUAUGCUCUUUCUCAGAAAUAAUUGUGCCCCUUGUGAAAAUGUAAAUGUCAUAGCAUUAAGAUUUAUAAGUUGCCACAAGAAAAAGAGUUCUGUAAUCAUACGUUUUCUUACUUACUGGUUUUUGGUAAAAUAAACUGCAUUCAUUUUGAAGAUCAAGAAAUAUACUCACCGGUCAAUGAAAAAAAAUGGUGCUGCACUUGGAUAUAACCCAAAAUGCAAAAUGAACUGUAUUAUUAACUCCAGAUAAAACUGUAUUUUCCUCUUUCAGUGCUUUUAGGGGAUUAUGUGAAAGAUUACAUUUCCCUUUACUGGCUAUUUUUCAAAUAACUAUGGCUGAAGCUUCAGUUUUAGCUGUUUUAUAUUGUCAUAGAUAACAAUACAGUUCUUAUUUCCUACUACUAGGGAAUGCUGGCACUAUACAGGGAAGAUAUCACCUGUUUGAUUUUAAAUUGUCAUUCUUUCAACAGUCUUUCUUUCACAGUCAUGUAUAAUCUCUAGUUUUAUUAACUGGACAGUAAGUUUACAAUUUGCCAGUUUCAGUAAAGAAAGGAUAAAGAUGGUCAAAGAGGUUUAAGAGUUCUGUGUCUACAAAGGUCAGUCUCAGAAGAUGUCAUCACAGAAUUCAAGAGCACACCAUGCUGAAUAAUUUACUGCUCAUAGUGGGUGACAAAGAUGCACAAACAAUGCAUACACAAUACAUACACUCAGGAAAAAAAACGUGCUCCAGUCUCCAGAUGCAUAUAGCUCGAUAGCUGGAUGGACAUGCACACAAGCACACACUGCAUUUAUUUAUUGAGAUAAAUACAGACAUGACAUACUGCACCUAAGAAAUAUUUCAAUACUUCAAAGAAAAUGAGGACACACUGACAUUUAGUCACUGACACACAAAGCUCAAGCCUAUUAAACAUAUGCACCUAAAAUAUUUUUUAAAAAGAAAUAAUACGUGGAUAUACAUUAGUUGAAGUAGUUAAGAAACCUCUAGCAUUCCCAGUGUUGAAUAUAGACGGAGAGGUCUAUGAUCACUUUGCAUAACAAAGUGACACUAUAUAGAAACAAACACACACACACACACACACACACAGAGUUUUGACCACUAUGAGUAACACAAUGGCACCGUGCAGAUACACACAGAGAGGACUGUAAUAUCCUUCAUAGUUCAAUGUUUAGUGUUAUCAUUUCAUGAAGUUAUAGCCUCAAAAGACCUUCAAUGAGUUUGCCACCAAUAUACUUUUGUCUCUCACUCCCCCAGCCAACUAUUUAGACAUUUUUAAGGAAGUAACCACACCUACUUUUCUUACCCUUAAUGGGAUUGGGUUCUACCACCUCCCAGCCAUACAAUGAAAUGAAUUCUUCAAAAAGUUUGUUUUACUAAUUAUUACAUCCACCUGUCAAUAACAAGUGACCCUUUUUAUUAAUCCCUACAUUUGCACCAUAGAUAUUUUCAAAUAUACUUUUGCAGAUGAUAAUUAAAUUUAGUCUACACAAUCUGUAAUUUACAGUAUUAAGUUACAACACCUCCAAGCUUUUUAUAUUCUAAUGUUCUCAUCCCUCUAAUUUGUCCAGUGAAAUAUGUCUGUACUCUCUCAAGUCUGUCCAGAUGUGUUUUAUUCUACACACAAAUAGCAGCUUCAUAUUCCAUGACUGGUCAGAUGACAGAUUUCUAAACAGGAAGCAGGACUUUUUUACCUCUACUAAUAAUAGUUCUAAGUAUAUUUCUAAUCUCACAAUAACAUCUUCAAAUUAUUUUAAAGAGCUUACGUCCAAAUCAUUUUUUUUUGCCAAUGUUAAUAUUCAAAUCCAUGAUGACUUCUACCUCAGUCAAGACUUCAGAGUGAAUCCUUAACGGCACACAGAUAACAUGGAUAGGUGUUUCCAAAAUACAUAACACUAGACGUGUAAUAUUAAACUCCAUAGAACUUGAUAUAGCCCAGGAAUCAAGUAUAUCCAAAUACCACCGUAAUACAUACUGAUCCUUCACAUUUGUAAUUACUGAAACCAAUUUGGAUUCAUCAGCAUGUUUACUCAGCCAGAGCUUGUUCACCAAAGGAAAACUAGAUGUAAAUAUGGCAAUGGACUCCAGUACUGAUCACUUUUAAUUCUGAGAUAGUAUUACCAGUAUUAACCCUACUCCUUUUGUCUUCUAAUAAGUUUUUUACCAUUCUCACCACAUAACCAUUUAUAUUGUACUCUGUCAUGAAUGACAAUAUCACAGAGUGUUAUACUGACCCUGAUCGGGUCCAAAUCACAUCAACAAACAGUCCAGCAUCCAACACUUAAAGAAACUGAUAAGUAACUUAGUUAAAAGUGACCAGGGUCAAACCCAUGCUGAUUGAUAUCUUGCUUUGAGCUCAGUCAUGACCCUUUUAAAGCAUUUUCUCAGUAUACAUAUCAAACUUAUUAGCUUAUAGUUUUCACCUCUUGUAGGGUGUCCUGUUUAGGAACUGGAUCAAUGAACAGCUGCUUCCAUACAAUACGAACACAUCCAGUAUGUGAAGAUUUUUAGUGAAAAGAUACAGUAAACAUAUAGAGUGUAUGGGAGAGAGGGUGUACCCAAUGUGAGAAGGUGCUGAAGCCUUUACAGUGGAAAGGAUCACUCAUCCCCCUCCUGAGGUUAGGGAUUAAGCCAUUUAAAUGAUUUUGAUACCGAUGAGAGUAAAAAGCACCCUUAUGACUGCCUAAAUAAUGCACCCCAAUUAGCUCUUGCUUCUUCCCCAGAUGAAAGCCCAAAUCUGAAAUGAGUGGGGUGCCUCUAAUCGGAGACAGGACUUCAUGGUUAGCAGGUAAUGACACAUAAAAAAAUAAUGUAAUAGCACUAGGCAGAUAGAGUUAUUAUAAGGAACACAGUGACAUGCUGCAGAAAUAUACAGCAAUGACUGUGAUUGUAUACAUAAUAAAGUAACACUAUGUAGAUACACACAGAGGACUGUGAUCAGUAUGAGUAAUACAAUAGCGCUGUGCAGAUGCAUAAAGAGCAUUCUAAUCACUGACUGAAAUAGUGAAAAUGUAAAGAUAUACAUAAAUAGCUCUGAUCAUGAGCAAAACACAAUUACAUUGUGCAGAUACACCCAGGGAGAACUGCAAUCACUAUCCUUAAUACAGUGACACUGUAUAACUACACCUAGGGGGGACUGCAGUCCCUAUUCGAAUACCAUGACAAUGUACAGAUACAGCCAGGGAGGACUGCAGUCACUAUGAGUAACACAGUGACACUGUUUAGCUACACCCAGAGGGGACUUCAGUCCCUAUGGGCAAUACUGUGACACUGUACACAUACACCCAGGGAGGAUUGCAGUCACUAUGAGUAACACAGUGACACUGUAUAUCUAAACCCAGAGGGGACUGCAGUCCCUAUGGGCAAUAUCGUGACACUGUACAGAUACAUCCAGGGAGGACUGCAAUCACUAAGAGUAACACAGUGACACUGUAUAGCUACACCCAGGGGAGACUGCAGUCACUAUGGGCAAUAUCAUGACAUUGUACAGAUACACCCAGAGAGGACUGCAAUCACUAAUAGUAACACAGUGACACUGUACAGCUACAUCCAGGGGGGACUGCAGUCCCUAUGGGCAAUACUGUGGCACUGUACAAAUACACCCAGUGAGGACUGCAAUUACUAAGAGUAACACAGUGGCACUGUACAAAUACGCACAUAAAGGACUGUGGUCACUGUAACACACUGGCAUUGUGCCAAUACACACAGAAAAGACAGUGUUCACUAUGAGUAACACAAUGGCACCAUGCAGAUGCACACAUAAAGAACUAUGAUGGUGCUGUGUAACACACUGGCACUGUGUAGAUAUAAAAAAGACUAUGGUCUCUAUGAGUAACACAUUAGUACUGUACAGAUACACAGAGAGGACUAUGAUCACUAUGAAUAACACAAUGACAUUGUUUAGAUAUAGACACAGAUGACUGUGAUCACUAUGAGUAAUAGUGACACUGUGCAGAUACACACAGAGGGGACUGUGAUCACUGUAACACAGUGACAUCAUUGCAGGUACAUACAGAAAGGACUAUGAACACCAUGAGUGAUACAAUGUCACUGUGCAAAACACACAGAAGGGACUGUGAUCACUGUGGGUGAACACAGUGACAACGUGCUCAUACACACAGAGCCUUGAUCACUAUGACUAGCACUGUGUGGACACUAAUAGUAACACAGUGACAUUGUGCAAAUACACACAGAGAUGACUAUAAUCACUAUACAUAACACAAUGUCACUGUACAGAUGCACACAGAUAGCUCUGGUCACUAUAAGUAGCACAAUGAUGCUGUGUGGUGGCAUGCAGUAAUACAAAUUUAGGGUGACCUCACAGAAAAAGCCUAUGAAAGCCUUUAAUUUUCACUUUUCUAUGAGAAUGGUCUACAACUGUUGUUCACAUGCAGUUACCACAGUCUUUUAUACUGUGUGAUCACUGAAAAAUAAUUAAUUUAAAAAAAAUGCAUUCAUAGUUGCAGCUGUUGCGGUAGGGAGUCUGUGACAGCAUAGUGCAAACAUGUCAACAUGCUUGAGCAAUCCAUACAAUUAUGGUGAUGUACAGUUGUAGCAUUUGCAAAGGCAUAUGACAGCAGUUGUUACUUCACACACUACUACACGGUUAUUGCUUUAUGCAGCUCAUUGUAAAACAACACUGGAAAACCACAACCUAUAAACGUGUAACAGGUUAUGGCCACAAAUAAAUAUGUUUGGCCACCAAUUUUAUUUCAAUAAUUCUAUGUUCAUUCAGCCAUGGGUGAGAUUAGAAGGAUUCCCCUGCUUACUUUCUUGUAGCACAUCAAUGGACAGAAUGGCCCUGCCUUGGUAGAUGUAGUAAGUGCAAUUUCUUUUUUCCAUCAGUUUCUCCUUAUGUAUUUGUACAGCAUAGGGAUGGAAAAGCAUUUUCUUGUUGCUGAAAUCUAUCCUUAAGCAUGUUCUAUUUUCUUUAAAAGUAUCUGUAAACAUUAUAAAUACUAUGAUGCAUUUGUAACAGGUCAUUGAUUAGAAAUGACUUAUCUGGUAGAAGUACCAUCAUAUUUUGGCAUGCAUUCAGCCAUGGUAACAAUCAGAUGGAAUCUCCUACCAUCUUAUUACACAUCUGUGGAUGGAGAAAACAUUGUUUCAUCAGCUUCACAUAUCCUUAUGUAUUUAUGCAGUCUUGGAAUGGCUAAGCUUUUUUUACUGUUUUGUUAAUAUGUUUCUCAUUUCCUUCAAAGUAUCUAUAAAUAUUUUUAGAUACUAUGAUGUACUUAUAAGUGUUAGAUGGACAGUUUAUGAAUGUAUGAUGAAAAAGUGCAAACAGCUACAUAACUAUAAAACAACUGCACAAGAAUAAAACAUUGGCUCCCCCAUGGUUGAAACUGGGGAAAUAAAAUCUUUUGCAUAAAUAAAAUCCAAUCAAAAGUCUACAAAAAAACUUUAAUAAAAAACUUACAAAACCAUGAGUUAAGGGCUUUUGUCUUACUAAUUUUCAGACUUCAUCAGAACUAAUCAUUCAAGCAUAGCACCCAGCUUUAAAUAAUCACUGUUAAUUAGUAAAUUGUUUCUUAAAGGAACAACACCAAAUAAAAUAUCAGGUAAUGCAAAAUGGAUACAUAAAAUAUAAAUUCAAAUACUGAAUUAAAAGUUCAACAUAAACAUAAAAUGCGUUCAAUGUUAAAUACAGGUAAAUAUGAAUAACUACAAAAAAUUAGUUACAAUCUAGCUGCCCUUAAUUUUAAGACAGCGCCAAUGGAAAUACAAUUGUUUAGCCGAGGUGUCAGAUCUGCCCCUAAUAAUAAUUGUUCAAAUAAUUCAUGAUACUCAAUCCAGGUUUCCCAAGCACCCCCACAUGGUUCCAAAUCUACAUCCUCUAAAACAAAAAGACAAAAAAUUACUAUUCGCACAUACUUUCAUGUGUUUAGCUAGUACAUUACUAUCCAUACCUCUUUUGAUGUCUUAUGAUUUACGUAAAUGCGCUUUUUUAAUGGUCUUUCAGUUUUUCUAACAUAAAAAGAUGGACAUAAUCUACAGGUAGCUAAAUAUAUCACCCCCUUACUAUUACAGUUAUAAAAUUUAUUAGUGAUUAAACAAUUAUUAAUACUCUAACUUAUUUAAAAUAUAGGGGCAUUGAGUACAGGAACCACACUUAAAUAUGCCAACCCUAGCUUUAUUAGCAUUCAAUGUAUGGGGGGGGGUUCUAUUAUAUACCUCUUUAAAAUUUCUAACCUUCUUAAAUAAUAUUAAAGGGUUGUUGGAAAAAAGAGACAAAGUAUUAGGAAUAGCCCUAAAUCUCUCCCAGUAUUUCAAUAUAAUAUUUUGACUACCUUAUCAUGGUAAUUAUAUUCUAGAAAUAGGGAUCUACAAAAAUCUGUAUAUCUGUCGCCGUUAUUAUUUGGGGUCUCUUUAAAUCUCUUAUGUUGAGGUGUUCUCUCCAGAUCCAUAAACUGGGAAAUACUUGUUAUCCCAUCCAAAAAUAAUUUCAUCCUUGAUGGGGGUUAAUAAAUUUAUUGGGAUAACCACUUUCCAUAAACAAUCCAGAAGAAAAUCACACUUAGAGAGAAAAUCAUCAUAAUCAGAUGUCAUUCUGGCUGCUCAUAUAAAUUCUCCUUUAACAAUAUUCUGUUUUUGAGACAGGGGGUAUUCACCAGAGAAAUGUAAGUAAGAAGUUUCCUUUCUAUAUAUCCUAGCGUUAUAUUUAUUAUAUAUAAUAUCUUUCACAAUGUUAACAUCUAACUAGUGAAAUGCUUCAACCUGUAUAUCACAACUGAAUUUCAAGAAAAAAAAGUAGUAAACUGAAUAUAUUCUAAAAACUGUAAAAACUUUUCUUUUCCUCCUGCACAUAAUACAAAUAUCAUGCAAAUAACAAUAAUAUACAUAGCAGUAUUUAUAGUAAGUGGAAUCCAAAAUAAAUCUUUCUCAGGUAAAUAGUACAAGGUUGGCAAAUAUAGGCGUGCAAACUGCAUUCACCACUACUCCACUAGCUUGUUUCAAUAAUUCCCCUUUGAAAUAUACAUAAUUAUUUUUCAAUGUCAGUUCCAUAAACACAGUUAUGAGUCUGAUUUUAUUUAUUUUUAUUUUAUUUUACAUUUGUUGACUGGGCUGGUCUAACUGGAAUACAAAUCCAUUUUCAGUAGAGGCCUAGGGAGAAAAGCUCCAACACAAACACAAUAUAUACAGUAAAAGUUGUCACAAUUCAGAGAAGUAAAACGGUAGUUAAAAAGUUCUAAACAGUUUCAGCCAUACAGACUUGAUGCAGUUGUCAUUACAAGAGUACAUGGCUCAUGAUGAGGAGAUAUGAAAAACAAAAAUAUAAAACAAAAUAGUUGUGUACUUGUGCAAGCAGAAUAAAAUAGCAUAAUAAAGUUGUUUACUUAUACAAUUGUACCAAGUGAUACAGUGAAAUACAAGAGUUAUAGGAAACAGCAAGAGGAUGUCAGUAGAUAGAACAUACUCAUAUUAGAAGCAGAGAACACAUAGAAAAUAGACAAAAAGUUAGUCAGGGUUAGUACAAGGGCAUAGCCAAUGAGUACUGAGAAAUUGUUUUAGUUUCUGUUUAAAAAGUGUUAUAGAGGACAGAG